GGGAAAGAUGAAGAAAUUUUUUGAAGAUAUUAAGCGGGAUAUGAAAUUUAAAAGCGCAGGGCCGGGUCAUGUUCUGACCGAGGAUACCAGGCUAAGCAAAGACAUGCCAGAGAAUUCCUAGAGGCCUGGCACUCCAACCACAACGCCAUAAACAAACACAUAGAUCUAGAUACCAUCUAUCAACCCCUCAGAAAACGAACAGGAAAUGGCAUCACCACAAACCCCUAGAACCCUAUCCAGGACAAACAUAUAAAUAGAAAGCAGGAGACAACAGCUUCACUUCACUUGGAGGUCGCCACUGAUGAUGUUACCAAGCCAGAAAAACCGUAGAAAACAAAUCCAAGGGGCCAGAGAAACCUCGCAGACCACCGGCUGAAGAAGCUCAGAUGGCAGCAGCUGCAGCUCUAACAAGGCUGGAAAUUAAACAGCAUAGAGGACGAAGCACGACUGGGUCGAGCCAUUUACAUAAUGAGGUAAAGAAAGAACUGACGGCAGAGGCUGCAUUCCCUGAAGCACGGACUGUAAACAAUCAGGGUCCAAGUAAUGUUGCGAAGGAAGAUUGCAGCAGUUUCUCUGUUACUGGUGUGUACUUUAUCUGUCCGUUAACAAAUGCUUCAAUCUCCAAAAGUGAAAGAGAUUCACACAUUAAAGAAGCCAUUCUUAUGAAAUUUGCUGAUGAUCCUGUGCGAGCCUCCAUAAUGAUGAUUCACACGUUUAACAAAGAUAAAGAGAAAGUAAAGAUUGCUUGUGAAACUCUUGGCAAAUACAUUGAUAACAUAUGCAAUAAUCCGAGUGAAGAGAAAUACAGAAAAAUCAAGUUGCAAAAUAAAAUCUUCCAGGAAAGGAUCUCUGAACUGGAAGGAACGCAUGAAUUUUUACAGUCGAUUGGGUUUGAAAGGAAGACAUUACAAGUAGCAGGACAAGAAAAUGAAGAAGAUUUUUAUGUGCUAAAUGAGGAAUUUCUCAACACAUUUGAAGAGCUUAGACAGUACAAGGGUGAGCUUCUAAGUGCUGAGCCUGUAAGAGCGCAAUUAGAUCGACAGAUUCAGAUUUUUCGCCCUUCACCACAGGCAGCAAAAUUUGAAUUGCCCAAUGACUUCUACAACCUGACUGCUGACGAAAUCAAACGGGAGCAGCUGAUGAGAUCAGAAGCUGUGGAUAGGAUGACCAAACUGAGAACUAAAGCUAUGCGGGAGAGAGACGAGCAGAGGGAAUUGAAGAAAUAUAACUACACUCUCUUGCGCGUCAGGUUCCCAGAUGGAUACAUUUUACAAGGGACAUUCUAUGCUCGAGAGAGGGUGUUAGCUCUUCGUGAAUUUAUCCAUAGUGUUCUGGAUAAAGACUGGAUUCCUUUUGAACUGAUGGCUCCUGGAGGACAGAAACUAAAAGAUGAAGCUGCAAUGUUUAUUGAAGUGGGACUGGUUCCUGCUGCUUUGUUGACCUUGACGUGGGAUGCAGAGGUCCUAGCCAAUCUUGAGGCUGCAGGGCAAAGCCACACUAGCAUGCUAAAACAAGAACUGCUAUCUAACAUCCAAACACUUGCAUAAGUAAAAAACAGACUUUGAAUGCUCAGAUAAAUAUUGUUUGUAAAUGUAUUUUGUAUAACAAGUGGGUGUCCUGUUAAUACCAUAUUAAAUAGGAAGGGGAGAACAAAGAAUAUUUGGAGUAUCUUGAUUCAAGACAAUUUAAUGAUGAUACUUUGCUAUAUUAAUACAUCACACCAUGCAGCAGUUAAUGUUUCUUGAAUCCAGGUUGCUUCUUGUGGCCUGCCCCUUUUUUAACGUUAUACUUUUGGAAAGGGAAGAAAAACUGAAGGGGUUUGAUCCCAGCUGUAUGAGUGUUACAACAAUUAGCAAAGAUGACAUUCAAAUGAUUCAGCUCAUACUUGAGAAAUUUCAUAUAUGGAGUUUGAACUAAUGUGAGAAAGAGCACACUUUUCAAGAACACAAGAACCUAUUUGUAAAGAAGGCAGUGAGAAAGUAUUUGAGAACAUUGAUUCAACCACUGCUGUUGAACUUGGUUUUGAAUAGGAUUUAGCCUUGGUGUUGGUUCUCCAGUAAUGUUCUUUGCUUACUAUAAGAUACUGCUGUUGAGUAGCUUGAAUAUUUUCCACUGCCAAUUUACCAACUGACCUCAGUCUCUGUUGUUCAGUUGAUUAUUUGAGAUACUCUCCACACCAUGAAGGCAUUGUCACUUAUAUUCUGUAAAAGCAAAAUAAUGCAAAUACUUCAUCUGAAACCAACACUGAAUGCUGAACUCAGUCUGGCAGCUUGUGGACACAAAGAGUUAACAUUUCAAGUCCAAUAUGAUUCAUCUUCAGAAGACUGUCCACAGGUGUUGCCAGACCUGAAUUUCUCCCAGCAUUUUGUUUGUUCUGAACUCUGGUGUUGUAGUGUAGUAAAUAGGUCUAUUACGAAAUACUGAUUUCCCUUUUUGCAAGUGAUAAUCUAAGGUUCAGUUACUGUGAACACAGUAAAUUUGAGUUGGUAGUGACAUUGCUAAGGUGGAAUUGUUAUAGAAAAAGAAAAGUUUGGUGCAGUCUAAUUGCUUUCCCAUUGCUCACGUGCAGUUCACAAAAAAUAUACUGUACACCAGUUAGGGUGAAAGCAUCUGUAAGCCAUCAAGCAAUGUCACUGGAAAGCUAUGCAAAGACUCCAGCUGCAUUGCAUUGUUGUUAUGAUGUUUUUGUUUAGAAGUAGCUUGGGUUCUUCUUUAUUUGCUUGCUGGAUGGUCUAAUGUGUAUUCCUAGCAUUUCCUCUUCUCGUUUGAUUUGGAGAAAUCAAGCCAUCUUUAACUAUUUAUUUUGAGGAUGAAUGAAGCUAUAAUUUAAAAGCAAAACCUAUUGUCUAAGUUUUCCCUGUAAUUCAUUCCCUCAUUUCAUCCUCUACAAUAUCGCUUAAUCAAUAGAUUUGCUUGCAAAUUGGUUUUGCUUGCCAUACAGUAAGGUAACAUUACUUAUUUAUUAUGUAAAUUUGAUUUCUAAAAAUGGGUUUAAGCUGUAAUUUUAUGAAAUGAUACUCAUAGCUGAACAUUCGAGGAUGCUUUUAACAGAGGAGGCAGAUGUACUCUAGAUGUGAUUAAAUGCAAUACUUUUGGAUUGAUAAUUAUAUUAAAAUAUUUGCAUUCAUGACAUCUGUUAGCACUUGCUAGUUGAAUAGCUUGAGUACAAUAUCUAUUGCAUAUCCAAGCUGCUGUAGAACGAAGCCAUACACUAUAGAAAAGGCAUCAGCACAUAUUUCUGCUGAGCAAUUUUUGAAGCAUUACAUUUAAACACUGAUUGAUUCAUACUUUAUUUUAAACAAUAUUUUAAACAAACACACUUGUAAAUAUAUGCUUCUGAUUUUUUAAAAUACAAUCGCAUGCUGUUCUCAAUCAUCUGUUGACCAUAUCCAGUUGGAAAUGCAGAAAUCUGCAAGCAUGAUUCCAGCAGGGUUUUUUUAACCAGAAUUGAUUGCAUGUUUAAUUAUACAUAGUAUGUCCAGUUUAUCCAACACCUCAGCAUCUCUUGAGUUUGUGGCAGUUUAUUUGUUCUUACUAUUUUGACUGCUGCAUCUCCAUACCACAUAUGGCAUCAAUGCAAUGCAUACAUGCUGAGAUGGGGAAUAAGUACCGACCGAUUGACCCUUCUCAACUGCUAAAUUCAAUGAGUUUGCUGCAGGUUGAUUAAUUUCUUUAAUAUGAACAGAAAAUUGCAUCUAUUGUACGUUUGUAUAUACCAAAGCUAUAUCUCCUAUUAGUGUUUGUAUCGCUGUUCAGAAUGAUCUGAUAUUCAAAAAUAAAACAUCAUUUCACUAAAGCACUAAAAGCUUUAGUUCCAAUCAGUUUAUUUAUGCUUCACUUGCAAAGCACCAUACUUGUGAUAUUAGAUGUACACUGCCAAAGGCUUUACAGUAUUACAUUGAGCUUAAUCCCAAAUAUAGUAUCAGUCUGAUGCACAGUGCAGUAUUUUUUGAUUCUUUUUCUUUCCUUGAUGCUUAUUCAUAGUGGGUUACAGUUCCACAAAUACUGACAGUUUACCAAUACUGCAGGGUUUUGCGUAAGCAUUUAACAUUUUACUAAGUGUCCCACUUGAACCCAUCGCUUUUCUUAGCCACUGUUUUGGGUCAGUGUUUUCUGAGAUUUUAAAAAAUUUCCUUAGCUUGGGUAAUGAAGCUACUUAGUAACCUUGCAGCCAAGUCAUGAGUUCAUACUUGUAUACAUUACCAGUUGCCAUCUGGCUUAGUUAACACAGUAGAAUUCAUGCUGUAAAUACAACUUUAAGUUGUUUAAAUGAGGUCAUCUUGACUCAAGUUAGUGAUUCAUGAUUGUUAAAUGUCUCCAUUCAAUAACACCACACCUGAAUUACUGUAUUUUCCUGUAAUUGUGCUCUAGAAAGAUCUUAUUUUGCAAGAACUAAUCAUUUUUGUACCCCAUUCUCAAUUAGUUAUCUUGAUGUAUUUUAAGAUUCAAAAAGACUUUUUAAAAACUGUACAGCUCAGAAUGAAGCUCGAGUGGUUGAGGACAUUAGUAAUCAGUGCAUGAAA